UGCAAGCUUCCCUUAAAAGAACAGACUUGAAACACUUUACUACUCUCCCCCCCCCUCUCUCUCUCUCUCUCUCUCCAUCAGUCCAGAUACAUUCCUCAAAUUUCAAUUUCUCUUUACUAUUUUUAUCUCAUACGUCCGAGAUUCCUUCAACCAUGGCCAAUGCAGCUUCUGGAAUGGCUGUGCAUGAUGAUUGCAAGCUAAAGUUUUUGGAGCUGAAGGCAAAACGAACUUACCGCUCCAUAGUUUUCAAGAUUGAGGAGAAGCAAAAGCAAGUUAUUGUGGAAAAGCUUGGUGACCCGACCCAAAGCUAUGAAGAUUUUAGUGCAAGCCUACCAGCUGAUGAAUGCCGAUAUGCUGUUUAUGAUUUUGACUUUGUGACCGAAGAAAAUUGCCAAAAGAGCAGAAUUUUCUUCAUAGCGUGGUCUCCUGACACUUCAAGGGUGAGAAGUAAGAUGAUCUAUGCAAGUUCUAAGGAUCGGUUCAAGAGAGAACUAGAUGGUAUUCAGGUAGAGUUGCAGGCAACUGAUCCAACAGAAAUGGGCCUUGAUGUCAUUAAGAGCCGUGCCACUAAAUAGAAAUGUCCCAUUUUCGCAGUCUUAAACGAAAUGUUCAUAGUUCAUGGAUGGUGAACCUGACUGAAUUAUGUUACUGGUUUGUUGUUUGAGUUUCACCUCAUAGUCUUCUGUAAUGGUUUCGAUUAUACUUUUAUGAUCUGCUGUGCACCGAACUUAUAUGCAGUGUGUUUCGUUAUGGUCAUGUUUACAAUAUAUGAUGUAGAGCGAACUUGUUGGCUUAUAUGGAAGGUAGAGCGAUUUGAGGUUUGUA